AUGCCGGGCAUUUACAGCGUGUAUAUCAUCUCGAGAAGCGGUGGUCUUAUAUUCAACUACGACUGCGAACACAACUUCGUGUCCUCGGAGGUCGAGAAGACAUUCAGUUAUCCAUUGGAUGUGAAACUGGAUUUCAUUCACCAGAAGUUGAUCGUCAGUUUCGGACAGAGGGAUGGCAUCAGAGUUGGCUAUACGUUGCUCGCCAUCAAUGGUCAGCCCUUUAGUGGUCGCAAAAUGGAUGAUAAGGACGUUAUGGACGACAUUCUCGCCAAUGAAGACAAUUAUCCCAUAAAUCUUAAGUUUGGUUUGCAGAGACUGACCACUAAUGAGAAGAUAGUGUUGUCGUCGAUGUUUCACUCGCUGUACGCCAUCGCAGCCCUUCAGAUCUGCACCAAAGGCCGCAACGAU